AUGCAUCCCCUUCUGGCAGCCCUCCUCGCCCUCGCGUCGUCGUGCGGCGCGCUCGUCGUGCCGCUGCAGCCUCGCGUGGGCUCCUUCCGCCUUCCGCCCUGCAGCCGCGGCCAUCGACCACUACUAUCCGGGCCGCUCGAUGUGUCGGAUCUCGGUCUCACGAUGGACGACCUGGAGACGCCACUGCCCGACCUGGCGGGUGGGAGCAGCAUCGCGACGAGCGGUUGCGAGAGCACCUCGCGUUUGCCAGGGAGCGACGACAGCGGGUGCAGAUGGGAGGAGACUGCCGAGCGGAUCGAGGCGAGACUGUCGAUCCCCGGCCUUCGAGGGCAGCCGGCCGCUGCCAUGGGCGUUGAAGUGACGUCCGCGACCGCGACGAUCACCGCCUUCGGUCGCGUGGUCUGGUCGUGCGUCCUGCGCGGCGCUUGUGUCCCCGACACCCUGACCUUCUCUGCUGAGGACGGUACGGGGAUGCUCCCGGAGAUCUCCAUCUCCAUCGGCAAGGCUGAGCCUGGCAAGCGCUGGGGCGGCCUCAUUGCGUCCAUCGGCGAGGACAGCAUCCUAUGA